AUGUUGAUUAUAGAUGGAUCCUUGAAGGGUGGUAGAAAUGAGCUCGGCAUCCAACAUUACAAAAAAAUCUUCAAUGAGCUUGAAUCGAAAGGUACAAAGCCAUUUGUGACUAUAUUCCAUUGGGAUCUUCCGCAAGCACUUGAGGACGAAUAUAUGGGUUUUCUCAGUCGCGAUAUUGUGCAAGAUUACGUUGACUAUGCGGAAAUUCUUUUUCAAGAAUUUGGUGAUAAAGUAAAAUAUUGGUCUACUUUUAACGAGCCAUACAUGUUUAUUCUCGGUGGUUAUAUCAAUGGUAGCAUGGCUCCGGGUUAUUGUUCUCCUUGGUUGACAAAAUUGAAUUGCACACGCGGAGAUUCGGCAGUUGAACCUUAUUUGGUUGCUCAUUAUAUGCUUCUUGCUCAUGCAGCGGUCGUUAAACUAUAUAGAGAAAAAUAUCAGAAAAAGCAAGGAGGUGAAAUUGGAAUAGCUCAUGUUGCUGAUUGGACUGUACCACUCACACAUUCUGCAGCAGACAAGGAAGCUAGGGAAAGGGCUACUGAUUUUAGCUUUGGAUGGUUUGUUGAGCCUAUGAUACACGGUGACUACCCUGAAGUGAUGCGUCGCAAUGUAGGAGUCAGACUUCCGAAAUUUACCGAAGAAGAGUCUGCUUCGUUGAUAGGUUCAUUUGAUUUCAUUGGUCUAAAUUAUUAUUCAGCAAAAUAUGUAUUCAAUAGAAAAGUUCCAGCUAAUCCAAGUGAAGAGACAUACUUCACAGAUAUUAAUGUCUACACUACAGCUGAGCGCAACGGGCAACUAAUUGGGAUUCCGGCUCCUGGUUCAGCUUGGAUUAAUGUCUAUCCAAGGGGAAUUCGUGAUUUCCUUAUCCAUGUAAAGGAUAAAUAUGGAAACCCAAAAGUUUUUAUCACUGAAAAUGGGAUAUCUGAAAAAAACGAUCCCUCAAUUCCUCUUAGUGAUGCCCUUAAUGACCCAUGGAGAAUCAAGUACCACUUUUCCCACCUUGACUUCCUUAGAGUUGCUAUAGAGGAAGGUUCAAAUGUGCACGGAUACUUUGUAUGGACGUUGUUGGAUGACCUUGAAUGGAGCUCUGGCUACACAGUUCGUUUUGGAAUUAGUUACAUCGACUUUCAAGACAACCUCAAGAGAUACAAGAAAGCUUCUUAUGAAUGGUUCAGAAAAUUUCUUAGGCCGCUUUUGAAGGAUGAUUCGGAUGAGGAAUUAAAAGAGAAAUUAUGAGAGAUGAACCUACAUAAUUAAGUAAUUGUCAUAAAGACAUAUGUAUGUUUUAUGAAUAAGAUCAAAAGUACUGGUCAAUGAUCUGCUAUCAUAAUUUAUUAAGGUCCUACUUAUGAUGAUAAUUUAUAUAGUAAUGCUAUGUACCCGAGCCAAAUAUUAUUGUAAUAAGGCCAUGGUGCUAGGAUAAUUUGUAAUUUUCUUUAUAAACUUUGCUUCAUGUAGUAUUGUUCUUUAAAUAUUAAACUUUGCUUCAUAUAGUAGUGUUUCUUUCAAUAUUA